AAAGUUUUGUUUUUUUAAAAUGAGGUGCUAACUUCACAGACGCGAAGUCUUGUGGGACGCCACAGGAGUAAUGGCCGAUGUACACGGUGCAAGAAAUCUCGUUCGUGAAGAGCGUUCGAGGACCGCAUCUCAAAACUUGCAUGCGUGAAGGUGUUGACACGGUUCGAAAUAUAAAUCGGAUGUACCAACGCGUUUCAUUCGAGCUUAGGGCUUAACUCUAUAUUUACUGACGGGACUUAUCAGUUCCGUCAGUUAUCUCAUGGUACUGUAUUAAUUUAAACGCUUUGGGACCCAUUGGGACUUUGAAGUCCACUUCAGCCAAUAAAAAGAGACUAUAAGGAAAGAGGGAUGAACAGAUAAUGUAUCAAGGAAAGAAGGAUGAAACAGAUAAAAAAAGCAGUAAAUAAAGGGUUAAAAUGGCAGAACGCACAUGGCCUGCUUGGCCUGUCGUUCUUUCCGGAUUCAUUUUCGUGCGAGUCACGCACGAGAAACUCGUCAAAUUUCCAACAAGUUGGAAACCGAUUCGAGCUCGUGCAUGCUGCAUGCGUGCACGCACAUGAAACAUAUACAUACACGAUUCGAGCUCGCAUGCGAGUAGUAUUCGAGGGCUUCUCGCACCGUGUACAUCGGCCAUUAUUUUGUCUGUCGCCGUGAACGCUGAAAUACCAUUUCUAAAACGAUGUCAAAGUGGAAUAAUCAUCAAAUGAUGACUUUUAUUCAUCUUUAUGAAUCACAUCCGUGUUUGUGGAAAUCUGAUUUAUCAGAUUAUAAAAAUCGUGACAAACGACAAAGUGCAUUAGAAAAUAUUGUAGCAGAAAUGAACAUACCUAAUUUUACAUUAGUUGAAUGUAAAAAUAAAAUUAAAAACCUGCGUUCACAUUAUUGUCAAGAACUCAAAAAGAUUAAAAAUUCAAUGAAAAGUGGUGCUGGAAGCGAAGAAGUAUAUAAACCUUCUUUACCAUGGUUCGCCGCUUUGGAUAGUUUUCUACAACCACUUGUAACACAAAAAACGGUAUCAAAUUUGGAGCAACAAUCAACGAGCCAUGAAUCAACUGUUUACGCACAACCAACAUUUACUGGACACUGGAGUUCAAGAAACACGAAAAGAAAAAGAGACAGUGACGAAACCGGUGAAAAAUUUCUAUCAUCGGCACUACAUAGAUUAGAAACUAUUUCAGCUAAUGCAAUCGCAACGUCUAAAAAAACCGAAUUUGAUAUAUUCGGACAAAGCGUUGCUGCGCAAUUAAGCAAUAUGACGUUGGAAGAUGCGCUUCAAUUGCAGUUGGAAAUCCAACAGUUAAUUACCAGAAAGCGUAUAAACCAUCGUAUGCAGCUAUUAAACAGACAACUACAACGAAACAAUAACAAUAGCCCUUCUUAAUACAUAUUUCAAAGUCCUUGAGCAACCACUUCUGAUUUUUCCCUUUCUACAGAUUAUUCUAUGAUCACCUAUUUUCAAUUAUUUUAAUUGUAUAUAUAUUUAUCAAAAUAUUAAAAAAUAUUAAAAUAUUAAUUGCUAUUUAUAUCACAAUAUUCAUAAAAUAAAACAAUACUUUUUUACAUUUACCUGUAAAUAUUCUUU